UGAGUGUGGAUUCAUCGUACCGCUCUGCUCGCCUCGCUCGCCCACUCUCGUCUUGUCGUCCAAUUUUUCUUCCAGCAGUCGCAUCCUGUCAGCCAGCUCCAGCGCAACCGUUAGCUAGCUAAUAGGGGAGUAGCAAUUCAUUCUCCCUGAGAAAUUCUGUCUUUGAUACCUCAGCAUUGGGUCAUUUUGGCUGAAUAAAUCUUUUGGGAAAAUGAAUUUGCAUUUUUUCUGUGCCAACACGCCUCCUAGAAGACAACCCUCCCUCCGUAAAGUCUACUUUUUCACUUCGACCUCGGUAACGGUAGCCGAACGGGGAACGUUGUAGCAAAGCAGUUCGUUUCGACCGCCGCUGCUUCUCCGUAACGGGGAGGAUUUGGACAAAGCCAGUCAGAUGUUGGACGGUAAAAAUAUCCUCGGAAAUAAAACCUUUCAACACCGUGUUGUGAAAUUGAAUUAUCAAGCUGAUCAUCUGUCGUGAAAGUGCCAGGAAUAAGGGGACGAGUGAGGUAUAUUUUUGGAGGUCCGAGAGUUUGGAGCCCGCUCCGAAGGAAGGGCUAACGUGAGGGGUGUGCAGAGGAGGAAGACCCGCAGAGAAGAAGGGACGUAGGGGGACAAAAGCCUGAUGCCAGUGAUGGCAAACGAGCCGAUCAUCCUGAACGUUUAUGAUAUGUACUGGAUCAAUGAGUUUACCAGCACUCUGGGCAUUGGAGUCUUUCACUCAGGGAUUGAGAUCUAUGGAAGAGAAUUUGCCUAUGGCGGACACCCAUACCCGUUCUCAGGGAUCUUUGAGAUUACACCAGGAGAUGCAACCGAACUUGGCGAGACCUUUAAGUUCAAAGAAGCCAUAGUCUUGGGCAGCACAGACUUUACAGAGGAGGAUGUGGAACGAAUUGUGGAGGAGAUGGGGAAGGAGUACAAAGGCAACGCCUACCACCUCAUGCACAAGAACUGCAACCACUUCUCCUCAGCACUUUCAGAGAUCCUGUGUGGCAGGGAAAUCCCUCGCUGGGUCAACCGCCUGGCCUACUUCAGCUCCUGCGUGCCAUUCCUCCAGAGCUGCCUGCCCAAAGAGUGGCUGACCCCGGCUGCCUUACAGUCCAGCGUCAGCCAGGAGCUCCAUGGAGGAGGAGAGCUGGAGGAGGCCGAGGACGCCGCUGCCACAGCCUCCCUGGCAUCCAUGUCGCCCUGCUCUCCCUCAUCCUCCUCCAGCCCUUCCUCCUUGCCUCGUCAUUCCCGCCACCAGCCCCGCCGUUAGAAGCUGCACGGUCUGCUGGGUGACUCGGGCUGGACUUUGGUUAUAGAGACUGUCAGAUAACAGAAUACCUGCAGCAGCUGAUGAGUCAGUGAAAAGUCCUGUCAGACUGUCUUCGAGCAAGGCACUGAACUGCUACCUGCUCUAAAUGUCAGCCAAAUCUCAACCGUGAUCUAGAGCAGUGGAAGGAACUGCUGCUGACAAAGGCAGGAUCAUCUCUCUGAACAUGGCUGAUGGAUUUUAACAUCCCAUCCAAAGUCUUUCAUUAUUUUACCAGCCAACAGUAACGCCGGUUGUUUACCCAUCAACGUGUUUCAGAGUUUACCAGCCACAUCAAGAUUUUAACCAGCAGCUAGUUGGUGGAUGGUGCUAAUUAUCACUAGCCAAGCGCUGGUUGAUCUGUGGCUGGUACAUGUUUACACUGCAGCCAACAUGUCGAUAAGAUGUCCUAAAUAUUUGGCUGGUAAAAUUUUGAAAGCAGCAGCUGGAGUUCGGGAGCUAUACACUUUGCCUCAACAUGCUGUGUGCGCAUCAGGGCCUCAGCCUUUUGUUUUAUUUUUCUCUCACAGCAGGCUGGAUAGACUUAAGAUAAAACGACCAUCAGCCUCACGCUCCUCAAACACCAUACGCAUCCAGAACCAGCGACUAAAUGGGUGAACAUUUCUAACACACUUUGGAUGGGUUCAGUUCCAGGUAAUUUUUGCUUCCCAAGUCCCUUUCUUUGUUCCUUUUUUAUGUCAAGUCUGUAUCAGCGGUUGUGGAGUAUCUGUAGCAGCUCUUCCUACCUCCCAUCACGGGAUAACCACGCAUGAUUUGAGAAACUUAAACCCAGUGAAGCAGAUUUUUAAAUGCAUCCAAAAAAAUGUUAUUUCCUAACCAAUAAUGUAAUAUUGUUUGAGAAAUUCUAAAUAUUUUAGAAAUUAAGUUGCAGGGCAGGCAGUGACAUAUAGAUUAGAAAAUACUUUUUAUCAGAAGGUUCUUGGUUUAAAUUCCGGAGUAAAAGAGAGUGAAUUAUUUCUUAGUAGCAACUGCCUUGGUGCCUUUAAGCAAGGUACUUAACCCACAAGUGUUUCAGUGGCCAACAGUAGAAGACUGUGGUUGUACUGGACUGUUCCCAGUUGUCAGUGUGUUUCUUUGUAAGCAUUAAGCAAAAAUGUUUUAUUUUCACCACAGUAAAUCAAGGCAAUCAAGUUUACAUGAAGGACAUGAUGUCAGCCCAUAGCGGUUUGUAAUCUACAGAAACGUCUGAAGACGACAGGCCGUUGAAGCCAAGGAAGGGAAUUUGAGGAAGAGUGUGUCUUAAAUAGGAACUGACCCAUUACUCAAAUCCUCUUUAACUGACCUGCCAUCAGCCUGCCGUCCUGACAGUCAUUUUCCUCACAUCUGUGUUCAGUUACGGAUGAUGCACAUGGGUGUUAUUUGGAGCAUCAUCGCAGCAACACAUUUUAAGUUUUAUUUCAAGCGUUUAUACUUACAUUUCAGUCCUUAAUCAUCUAUAAAAGUCUAAACUUCUUGUAAAGUUUACACGAAGAUGCUGUUUUUCCCAUGUGAUGAGCACCUCAUUUAAAAACUCUUUAUAUGCUGUCAACAACAACAACAACACAUAUGCUGCAUAAUGUGUGUCAUCUAAAAGAAGAGCAAUGGAUGUAUUGAAAACACAUUUCUAAGUAGAAUUUACCUGUUUUGCUGAAAGUCUGAAGACUACAAGCAGGAAAACUGUCACUUUCUUUCCUUUUUUUUUUUAAAUUCUGUAUUUCUAUGAUAUAUGGACUCUGGCCUUUAUGACUGUUUUGUUUGUUUGAUAAACUCAGGACUCUAAAAGGCUUUGUAAUAUAAUCCUUUUAACUUUUUUAUCCCACAUUUUAUGUUUGCGUUGUUGCUUUUUCUAAUGCAGUAGUCACUCCAUGGAGAUUUUCAAGAACGCACUGUGGAAGUGCAGUUUUAUACUCCUCUUUGAUAAAAAGGCUUUGUUUACAACGUGGUGGUGUGUGUGUGUGUUGUUGUGUGGUGUGUGUGUGUGUGUGUGUGUGUGUGUGUGUGUGUGUGUGUGUGUGUGUGUGUGUGUAUUAUAAAUGGUUAGUAUUAAGCUGCCAACUGGGCCAAAUUUCCCUACAUCAAACACACAGUCUGAUCCAUCCUAACAAAUGUUGCGAAUUACUCUGUGUGCGUGUGUGUUUGUUUUAAAUAUUGCCACAUCUUCAAGAUAUUGUAUUUCUCUAAACCAAGUAAACUUUUUUUCCUUUAAGCUAAAUUUUCAGUAACAUUAUUUUGGUGGCAGAUACUUUUGCAGAUUAAAACUACUGGUUAAAAUUUUACUUUCAGGACUUUGUCUUUUAACAAAUAAACAGGACAGACGCAGUGUUAAAGCAAGGACUGUGACAUUUCUCACGAAACUAGCAUAUUUGGGAUUUGGAGUAAAAGAAUUCAAUAUCAUAAAUAUUAAAUGGUACACAUUUUAGUAAGUCUGAAUAAGAAAAAGUCAACUUUAUUUUUAAAACACACACACACUGCUCAUGUUGGGGCCCUCUGCUGGCUGUUAUCUGUACUGUUACCUGUCUGUGGUUUUUCACACAGGCAACGGGGUUUCCCUGAAUCUUCACAGCUUCAGAUAUUUUUCUGCCGUUUCCAGAUCCUUUCUUUCUAUUCACACAUUAAAAAAAUCUCAAACGCUAAUUUCUUCCAGCUUCCAAGUGCUGGGGGAGAACAUGGUUACUUUAUGAUCAUAUCUCAACAUUGAAAGUACCGCAAA